ACGGGAGCCGAGUGGGGACCAGCUGGUUACGCAGCGGCCGCGGGUCUCCACCCGAGAGUAUGGCGGCUGGGAUUUCACCGGAGAACGAGGGAGAAGCGGAGACAUGCGAGCGAUGGUGAAAAAGAAACAAAGGGACGCGAGUUCGUUCAUGAAGGGUCGUGUUAGUUUGAGUGUGUGUGUUUCACCGAGGCGGACCCGUGCUUGAGAAAUUGCGCGUGCAGUCAAGUCUAGGGGCUAACCCAGCGAUUUUCCAGUGUCCUCGAUGGAGCAAGUUUGUUUUUUUUUCAUGAUGCAUAGAGAGGGGUGAGCUAAGCAGAUGAAACGGACCACAUCGUCGGGUGAUAUUUUCCUCAUCUGCUCUUCUUCUUGAGCACAUUUUGGACUGUUGCAGCCCCUUUGGAUGUCCGUAUAGCUGUCAGGGUCUGGCCUGCAUGGGGGAAUUUCUACGAUGAAAUCCAUCUUGGGGCAGCGAGUCUUUGUGCUCUGCCAUAGCUGAGCAGCGGUGAGCAGGACCGUGUUAUUGACAACCCGUUCAAAAUGGGACACGGAUGGUGAAUGUGUUUCGUGCACGGAACGAUCUGAGUUCAUUUCAAUGACGCGCGGAGACUGAAACCCCCUUACGACUUGAUUUAAUCCACGAUGCGCGAGUAUAAAGUGGUGGUCCUGGGCAGCGGUGGGGUCGGGAAAUCCGCCCUCACUGUGCAGUUCGUCACCGGGACGUUCAUUGAGAAGUACGACCCCACUAUAGAGGAUUUUUACCGCAAGGAGAUCGAGGUGGACUCCUCGCCCUCGGUGCUGGAGAUCCUAGACACCGCUGGUACCGAACAGUUCGCCUCCAUGCGGGACCUUUACAUCAAAAACGGACAAGGAUUCAUUCUAGUCUACAGCCUGGUCAACCAGCAAAGCUUCCAGGACAUAAAGCCGAUGAGGGAUCAGAUCAUUAGAGUGAAAAGGUUUGUGAAAAGAUGUAUAGACAAAGAAUCAUGUCCAUAUGUCAAGUGUGGAUGUUGGAGAUGGGUCCUCACUCAUGUAGAGCUGGCCUAACAGGCCCUGUAGUUUCAGGAUGGGCUCAGGCCUGGUCUGAGAACCCUGCUUGAAUGGAGGUCUGCAUCUUCAGGGCACACUACAUCAUAACAUGCCUGUUCUAUUUUGGUGGACCAGUUCUCACCCACAAUCCCUGUAGGAAGGCAAAUGCCCUUGCACCGCAGUCCCAGCAGCUCUAAAAAUAAUUACACAACAGUUUUACAACCAAGUGAUGUGAUUGGACCAAAGACAUGCCAUUAUUGCUCAUAAGGAGUCUGACAGGGACCUGUAACAUCAAGUAUUACUCAGCCUCAGGUGUCUUUAAUACCUGAAUAACAUUACAGCAGAGAGUCUAUCUCACUCAUUACUAAAACAGCUGCCAGCAGACUCAUAUCAGAGACAUGCAGGUACUAAGCAGCUGACAUAGAGACACACAAAGUUGCAAGAGUGCAGUAACAAUAUUUUAGUAGCUUGACAACAUCAACUGUACUCAGUAGGUUUGUGCAAAAAGUUGUCAGUGGAGUUGAACAAAUAAAAUAAUGUGUUGUUUUUCAAUACUGUCAAGCAUGCUGCUUCAUAAAAAAGCAAUAUCACACUUCAGGUUGUACUGUUACACUGAAUCUGAUUGGAUAGGAGGCGUUCUACGAGUGCUGAUAUAGAGUAUGACAGCACUGGGACUAUAAACCAUUUGCACCACUGUGUCUCGGGGUUUCUGAACACCAUUAAUGAAAACACCUAGUGUGAUAAUGUUUUAACACGGUGAAGACCUCUCCUCAGUGUUCCCGCAGAGCUCAUGUAUCAUUACCAACAGGCACCAGUGCCAAUCGAUCAGUCAAUCUCCAGUCAUAACAUCACUCCACUCCAGUCAUAACUGCUCUCUCUUAUCUGCCAAGCUGCUGUUUUGUAGCGCUGAGUGUCCACAGUGCCAGAUAGUGCGAGCCCUGUGAAACAGCCAUUCAGGGAUAUACCCGUCAUGUAGUCCAAACAGAGCCUCUGCUGCAGAGAGCAUCAAGGAAAGCGAAACUCAAAACACAACUAUAGCAUUAAUUUGGCUUCUACAGUGGCGGAGAUGAAGCCGUGUUUUUAAUUAACAAGCUGCGAAAGCUCUUUAGAAAGCACGGCACAAUGUAAUGUCUGAGCGCAGUAACACAGAUGAUCCAGAUAUGAGGUCACCAGAGUGAGCUGCUGAUUGAUACAGGGAAGGGGUUAGCUGAGGCUGUGAGCUCGGCCUGUGGUGUGAUUGGUGUUUCUUAGCUCUGUACAGUGAGGACUCACAGUGCUGCACAUUCCCUCGGUGAUACAGCAGCAUCAUGUUUUCAAACCCAGACUCUGUUGUAGUAGAUGCUGCAGGUUAAAUCAUUGAUGAUAGUCGCGUGGAUAUGAUAGCUGGGUCUGUGUGUGUGCUCUGUGGGUAGAUGUCAGCGGAUGUGUCCAGCGUGCUCCAGAGAGACAUGGCUCUCUAAAUAAAGAAGCAGAUAAAGCAGUACAGCUAGAAGCUCUCAUCAUUUACUGACAUAGUAAAUGAUUUGGAUAUCGCACGCAGUGAGGGUGGCACAGUCAUGUCAUGUUUGAAAGUCGUGUUCCUUCCUACCUCUGUUUUGCCUAUUUCUGUCACUCUCUCUAACCUAAAAAUGACAUAAAAACAUCCUUGAGGUGUCAAUUUUUGUCACUUGCUUUUGUUUUUGUCACCUAAUUGGAUUUUUCCCUCCUCAAGUGCACCUUAUAAAGAAUCCUAUAAAUCUGUGGUGCUGGAUGAAAGAAUGAGGUCAACAUGAUUCCCCCCAUAAGAGUGGAGAAUAGGAAGAGACUGCUCCGUCUACACUUUGUGUCUGUGCGUGCGUGUGUGUGUGUUUACAUGUAAAUGUAUACAGUAGGCUACAUUGUGCUGGGCUGUCAUAAUUUCACACUAAGGCCUGGUUCUGUUCUCUGUCAGAGCAGACUCAAAGUUGCUUAGUAAAAACAUCGCACUUAACAUGCCUCAGCUACACCAUGGUCAGUAUCAGAGUGAUGUGCACCAUGCAGACUAAGACAAAGGACUCUGUUUCAAACUGAAUGAAAAUGUGAGGUUAUGUGUGUCUUACUGUGAGUCAAAUCCUUUUAGAAGUUCCUCUUUAAUAGAGGAUUUUCUGAACAGGUGUAUUUAUGUCUGGAGGAAAUAUUAAAAAGAGAUGAAGAAUCAAGGUAUUACUUUAUAGUCUCAUAACACCAAACAUGUCAUGAAACAUUAUGUUUUAUAUCUGAGAUAGGCUUCUGUACUUGUUAAAGCUGUCUGUAUGCAGCUUUUUCAUUAGUUUUUUAAUAAUUGAAAGCUUGUGUUUACAGCUGGGAGACUUAUUAUCCUGAGAGGCCGUGUAAAAUACUUUAUAUAGUUAACUCAAUACAAACUUCUAUGGCUAUACAAAUAAAGGGCCACAUUUGCUAUUGCAGCAGAUGUGUUUUUGAUGGAAUAUGAAAACAUAAAUACCUGGAAGCUAAGAAUGAACUAUAGGACAAACAAGCUCCUAUACAUUAUGUAAAAAAAACAAGAACUGGAAAUAAUUUUUAACAUAUUUGACAACCCCUAAAUUUGAAGUUAUUAGCUGCUGUUGCUGGAGAUGAAAAUGUUAAGAGAUUUAUUACUAUUUAUGAUGUUCUUUCUUCUGCUUCUUUAACAAGCUGGUUAAAGCUACUGUGAGGAGUGUUUAGCCAGUUCCAAAACAGAUUGAUAUCUAGUCUGAUGGCUCUAUAUGACCUACAAGAGCAAGCAAACAAAGUUGAUUGUUUCAAUGUAAGUAUUUUUGUUGUCAAAAACUGCUGGCAGGGGGUCGGUGUCCAACGGACUGAUAUCAUGCAAGCUACUAAAACAGCCUUUUUUAAUUUGUAAUGCAAAGAUUUGUGAUGAAUGUUUAAACUUGCCAGGGUAAUAUUGUAUUUUAGAAAAUAUAUGUGCAGGCUGAUAUCAGCAAAGCUAGAGGAGGUACCUCUUUGUCCUAAGGGGGCGCCAGAAUCAACAAAUUUCAAAAGUUCCUCACAGGAGCUUUAGCAAACUAGCUAUGUAAAUAUGUAUACACGACUCACCGUAAUGUAUCAUCAGCUGAUCGGAAUAUAAGCAACAAAAUAAUGUCAUUCCUUUUAUAGAUCAGAUCACAUAGUUGUUUUAAAGUUUUUGAACUGUUUACAUCUGGUCAGCCUUGUAAAUGUUGCCAUGGAUACCUAAAAUUAAAAGUAAGAAAUACACUCUCACAUAUACAGUGAUAUAUGAACAAUUUUACGGGGUUGAUAUUUGAAUUACUAAACUGUAAAGACAGGUUAACUCUUUGAUCUCAUAAUUUUCCAUAGUUACACUGUAAAGAGUCAGUUCUGUUCUGUACUGUCCAACAGCUCAUAACGUGUUUUUAAGAUAGCCUAUAUUUUUUUGUUAAUAUCUUGUUCACUGUCUGAAAAAACAGCCCACUACACUCUACUUCAGCCUUCACAAAACCCACUCCUGAAAUGUAACGAGUUCAGGCAUGUUCUGUGAGGCUUGUUGAACUGUAUCCUGGGAAAUGUAGGAAAGCAGAGGAUUCAAUUGGACACGACGAGACAGUCUGAGACAUCAAAGGAAAAGAGACAUCAAACGAAAAGACAUCAAAAAUGGCCGACCGUUGCUCCAUCACAGACUGAUUAAAGAAAAUCAAAACAUUAGAAACAGAGAGGGCUUUUCUCCAGCUGAUUAGGUGUGUGAUCAAUUCUGUGACUGACAGUGAAGGAGUCAGUUACCAGUUUGAUCUAUUAAUCAUUCCACUCAUCCGCCCAGCAGGUGGUAAAAAAACACACCAUCAGUUUUUUAGGUAUCAGCCUUUCAAAUGAGAGGUGGACAUUUGAAAACCAAACCUAGACCUCCUGGAACUGUGAUGUUUCACUUUUUACAUGUAUUUUGGCGACAAAAAAUAUUAGAUUUAUUAAAACUGAUGGCAUUCAUAAUCAUAUGAAUAUUCCUUUAACAUCCAUAAAAAGGGAUUGUAGUCGAACUUAAAACAAAAAUUACACAGACUCUGCGAAAGAGUUUGUUUUCAGCCCCUACAAGAGUUACAGUUUUCAAAAUAACCAAGUUUUUAAAGUGUAAUUCUGUCACACUUGGACUUCACACUGUUACUGUACAUUACACCUUGUCGCUGUUUGUCCUGCCUGUUUGUCCCCCUUGCUGUCAGAACAGCAGUGACCCGUCAUGGCCGUAUCAGCCUCGGCUUGGGUCAGGGGUGCUGCUUUAUGUCGCUCUCCCUCUGAACCCUGUCAGCAUCCAUCAGUGCCUGCUGUUAAUGUCUCCGACAAGUCUUGGACAGAGGCUGCUGGGUGCAUGUGAUUACACUUCGGUCCAUCUGUGUUCACUAAGGAUCCUAUCACUCCUCCCUUCUUCUUCCACAACUUCUCACUUUUACUCCGGGCAUGAAUUAUGAAUGCUGACUGAGCACUGAGAGAAGUGAGUACGAAGUAAAAGAGAGUACCACCUUACACUGUAUCUGCGGUCUAUCUGAAAUUGUUCAACUAUCCAGCUACGUCUUUCAACUCCAGGCAGCACGGUGCAGCUUCUAGCUCUGUUGUGUCACAAGAAACAAAAAGGCUCAUAGUUUAAUUCUUUCAGCCGACAGAGGUCUUUGUCUGUCGAGUUCACAUGUUCUGCCAAAACCUCUUGCCUGCACCUGGCUCUCACCCACAGUCCAAAGACACGCCUGUUAAGUUAAUUAAUGACUCACUGGCCAUUAGAUAUGAAAGUGAGUGUAGACAGUUGUCUGUCUCAAUGUGCCAGCCUGUGAUUGACCGGGGACCUCUUUAAGGUUUACUCCACCAGCUGGGCAGUAAAAACAAAGAGCUACCACUAAACAGGAAAUAGGUUAAGGAUAUUUCAGGUUGUUGGAAUUGAUCUCCACUAGUUAUUUGUCUUAUCAGAGAGGUUUGGUGCGUUCGAGUUACCUCGGAAGUCAGAAGUCCAAGCGGAAACAAGAUGGCUACAUCUACGAAAGUUAUUUUAGCACUUGCCUCGUCUGAAUAUAAAGGAAGCACUAAAAUAACUUUCGUAUAGCCGUCUUGUUUUAAGCCACUGAUUUAGCUUUUUUUCUGACUUGGUAACUGAAACACUGGGAACUCAGGUGCGACAUCAUUUUCAGCUCCGAUUUCUGACUGCUGAGGUAACUCGAACGCAGCAUAUGUUAUGAUAUUCGGUUGUUGCAUUUGAAUUCUUAGAUAUUGUCUUACGUUUUUUUCACCUUGGAUUGGUGUAAGAAAAAUAGUAUAUCAAGCUGUAAUAUUGCCAUUCUCUUUUGCUACUUUUAACACACAACUGCAACACAUAUUGUAUAAUUUAAUGUCUGAUGUCAAAGAAGAUAUGAACAGUAAACAAAUGCUUUUUGUGUCUUUGUGUGCACAAGUAUUGCAUGUGCUACUCCAGUGGAAAAAAGGUUAAAAAAAAUAAUGGUCUGGGUCCACCCCGGUGACCCAACAUUUUUCUCACCUCUUGUUGAUCAUUAUAUGUGUUUGUUAUCAGCAUGCUGGCUCUGUAGUAGUAAAAAAAUAAGCGUGCUUUUCUAAUCAAUUAAACUAGCGUGCUCUUACAUACACUAGAUGCUAAAAAAAACUGUAUCACAAAAUGACAAAGUCUCAUUCUGCUUGUGUCCAAAUGCCACCGAACCAUGCCCAUUACAGACUGUGGCAGACCUUAAGACGGUUGCCAUGGUAAUCACAGAGACAACACAACAACAAGUAAUAAUUGAAAGAGUCAAGGAAGUGCUUUAUGGUUAGUUUAUGAACCAAAUGUGCCGUGAGAGUUGAUUUCAAUAUUCCACAAAACUCCCCUUCGAGUCAAAGCAGUCGGCGUAUAAUAGGCUCAGUUUUCUAUAAGCUAAUUAAGCGAUGUCAGCUAUUCACGCUAGAGUAUUCUGUCUAUCAUUAGGUAUUAACAACAAACCCUUAAAACCCUUUGAAAGUCUUAUUUGAAUUCCAAAGCUGUGCGUGGAGAUUUGUCUGACAUUAGGAGGGUCUGUCUUGAUGCUGUAGAAUCCAAUGAUGUUCCCUGUGAGAAGAAGUUAUGUUGUGGUUUUUGUGAAUGAGUCCCUGAAGUACUCCUCUCUUUUUACUGCUUUGUGAAACAGCAGUGUGAGAUGCAUUGGCCUGAUUCAAGAUUCAGAUUUUAUUUCUUGUAUUGUGUUAAAUCAGAAAAAGAAUUUGUCUCAGAUGUGACAAAAACCCGAAGGAGCGACUAGUGUGCUGUGUUAUAGCUGUAAAAUUUCAGACCCAAGGAUGGAUUUCUUGUUCAUUCUGUGAAGCAGGAUAGCCCUUUAUCUUUCCAUUUGAGACAUCUUGGCCUGUGUCUCCAUCAUCUGUGAAAAGCAUCAGAUUCUUAGAGAAGAUAAUUGCUUUUCAAAACCUUGAGGGAAUCCAAGAGGAACCUGAAGUGGUUUUUCUGAUAUUGUGUUUUUAUCUUUGAUUCUUUUGAAAAGCUAGAAGUCUACUCUUGUUUGUCGUGGCCUGUUUACUGAGGACUCUCUAGAUAUCUAUUCCUGAUUAAAUCUUUCUUUGCCCUGAAUGAUGCUGCGCCAGAAGAGAGGAGCUUAUUGCUGCUCUCUGACUCAGCUGAUUCCUCUCCUCUGACUAAACCACAGACCCCCAACAAAAGGACCGCUGGGAGGAGGCCCAGCAUGCUGCCUGUUUCCUCCUUCAUCCUGACGGCGUUGGCCAGAGUCAAAUAUGGAUGCUCUUGGGCCACCGUCCGUCAACAAGGCCUGUGUGAGUUGAUGCAUCAUGCAUUAUAGAUAAGGGUUGUCUGGCCGAGCUCAGAUGGGUGUUUGCAGUCAGAGUGCUCCAGUGGGGGCGCUGUCAAAACCACAAGCUGAAGGCUACAGUAUGACUUGCUGUUUGAGCUGUUUUUGCACAGACACAAGCAGACUCAUUUAUUCUGUUGACUUUUGAGGCUCGUGACUAAACCCUGUGAACUACUCUUGUUUCCUUUAAUCGUCCACUGUGGGUUCAGACACAGUUUGGCCCACACCCUUCAUGCUGAGGCUUGGGGAGCCUCGAUAUCUGAGGCAGCUUCUGUCUCACACCUCCUGGGAAUGCCGGUUUCCUCCUCUGUUAUUACGACUAUAUAUAGACCUGGUCCUUUGGUACCAGAUGUCUUUGUGCUGCACUUGUGUUACAAUGAGUCCCCAAAUGAGCAACAUUGCUCGCUGUUAAGCACUCCAUUAUGGAUAUAAAACAGAGCACAGUGGGGUGUUUGAUAUGGGGUCAUUGAGCAGGCUUUUCUUAGAUUUCUCUUCUUGUUUGAAACAUCAAACAGAAGUGUUGUCAAAUCAUCUUGCUGUCUUUCUUCCAUUCCUGAUGUUUCACUGCAGACAGCUACUGCAAGAGCAGCUUUGAAAAGCAUCUGUGGAUUGAAAACUGUUUCUCCUGAAGUAUCCUGUUGUUAGCGCUCCAAAGAAUUUUGAUACUGAUCACAGUAGUCGACCUUAUUCCCACAGCAGUCAUCUUAUUGUGGCGUCCUGCUCAUGGACGCUUAGGAGGCUCAAACCUUAUCAUGUCUUAUUAAUAUAGUCUAGGUAGUAAAUUGUAUAAAGGUUGGUCAUGUGAAAAAUAUUAAACAUUUCAUAGCUCCACUGUGAAUGAGCAGCAACCCAGACAAAGAUAGUGAAAUCAGGAGAGAGAUUUGGUCAUAUUUUGCAAGCUAACAUUAGAACACAGCUAACACUAGCAUUCAGCUAUGACUAUAACGUUCUGAUUGAUUAUCUUACAGAUAGCUGAAUACUUUGAAAAAACUAGUAUAUUUAUUGGAUUCUAUUUCCACAUCAGCACAACAAGAUGUUGUUAAGUAUUGUAUAGAGGUCUUAGUAAUGUGAGCCCCAAUCCAGUUGCUAUAUUUUUGUGAUCCUUUUUUUCCUGAAUUUUGGCAAAUUAAGCUGUCAUUUAUUUGUUUGUUUGAAGGCAAUUUCUGGUGCACAAGUGAGUAAUUUCUUGUACUGCUAUUGGACUGAGCCUUUUAUCUGUGACGAUGACUACUGGUGUUUCGGUUUCAGGGGUAACCCUGUUAAUUGUGGACUUUGAGUAAAAUGCUUAGGUGUUUGUCAUAGUAACAGGCUAAAACUUUCCAGUAACAAAGUUAGGGUCAUGUUACCAACUGCACUGACUUACAAUACAUUAACAUUGUACUGUUGGCUUGCUAAUAAGAUAUUAAAGUAGAAACCAAAAUAAAAAUCAUACCUAUGAUAUCUAAUUGAUUUUGAAAUAUAAUCGUUAUCUAGGAACUGGCCGAAUGCUUUUGUUUGUGAAGCUUUGGUGUAAGCUAACAGGUUGUGGUUAUGGCCUGAUCAAUCUUGAAAAUUCCACUAUCAUCUGACUUUGUGGCUAGUCAUCAGUUGGAUGUGGUGAAAUCAAAUUAUUGAGGUUAUGUGACUUACGACCCUGCAACACAGAAGUAAGGCAUGAUAACAAUUUUCAAGCUCCCCACCCUGAGUUUGAGGUCUCAGGAUCAUGGUCUAUUACUGUUAAGUCAGAUGAGUUUUGACCACCACUUCUCACACUAAAGAUCCCAUGUUAUAAUAUUUUAGCUCUUCACAAUAUGACCUGGUUGUCUUUGAAGCAAGGUUUUGGUGUUAGUUCAUUUAUGCCCAUGUAAAUCACUCCUACUGUGACAUCAAUACAGGAGCUACUUCAUAUCACCUUUUAGAAGUCGUGUUUUCUCAGUUUGUGCGCCACAGCAAUGAUGACAUACAUUUGAAAUAUUCCUUAUUUAGAGAUCUUGGUUCAUAAAGAGAGCUCCAGACAUGCAUCAUAAGAUAUAUUUUUUAUAUCUGGGCUAGAAAUGUCAGAGAUGGUAUGAACCUGUGAUAGUUAAAAAAUAUAAGCGUAGUAAAGCUUGUUCUUUUCAGGCCACCUUGAGACAUUUACAGCAGCAGCAGCUUUUCAGCUACAGCCACAGCCUGAGGCGGAAUAGGGACAUCCAAAUUGGACCAUUAUCCCAAACUAAACACUAAGCCCCCCUUGGCUUCUUCUAAAUGAGUGCUGCUAUAAAAAAUAAAGGUUCUUGCCUUUCAAUCUGUUUAACCACAGCUAUGUUUAGGAUGUUUCUGUGAAGGUGGGAAGGGAAAUUUAAGGUUCAUGCCCACCACCACUGCAAAGUGGUCCAAAACUGUUCUCAGGAAAAUAAUGGCCUUGCUUUUUUUUAUUGACUCAAGGAAUGCGGCAACUAGACCUUGGCACAGAUCUCUUAAUUUUAGCAGUCGUAGUUUCUCAUUCAGUUGAAGAGCACUAGCACACUCUUAGGCCGUCAGACCUCGAAAAUUGUUUCCUAAAUCUUGGUAGUUCUUUCCAGCUGAUGAGCUGAUCCUGGGAACAGAGCAGGAUAGCUGAGAUUAAAGUUUGCCCAAGAUAAUGUAUUCAGAAAGUAGAUCAAAGUCUGCUCUGUAUUCCUCGGCAAGUUUAAGCUUAUUCAACACUGAAACUUGUAUCAACUGGCCUCUUAAUUAAAAAAAAAAAAAAUCACAGCUGCUCUUUCUGUAGGCCCCACAUCACUCCAGCAUCAGCAAUAUAUCUGUUAAUAUCUGUUGCCAUAGCAAUGAAGGAUGAGGAUCAUCCUUGUAGUAUCAAUAAUUUAGAAUCAUGUAUUUUUUAUCGCACUGGGCCAGUACUGAAAAUCCUAAUAAUGCUGACGGGUUUUCAGGGGCAUGACUUGGGUUGGAUGUGAUGAUGCUGCUCAGUGUCAUGAACUUAGAUUCUGUUUGAACUGUGUUCAAAUGGUGGGUCCAACAGAUGGAUACAAAUACAGAUCAAAGAAAACACUAUCUGUUUAAAAGGAUAUGAAUACUCAUGGUCUGAUGUCCCUUUGGUGUUUCUGAUCUUUGUAAAAACUAACUUCAAGUUUGUGCUAUUCUUGUAGCUUCAUGGCUAUUCUGUUCAAUAGUUUUCACCUUUAUAGCCUUUGUGAUCUAACUGCCUCCUUUUCAAUCCAACAUGUCCGGGGUUCACAGCUCAGAGUUGUGGGUCUUUUCAAAAACGACUAACAUGCUGGGUCAGAUUUUAAAUCUACACUUCCAAAUGUUCAUGUUACUGAUCAUUGCAAGUCUCGCUCUUGUUGAAUAGUCUCUAAAAGCUUCCAGAUUUUUUCAAUGAAACUGUUGGGUAUUCAUAACAGAUUUUAUGGUACAUAUGGUAAAUGUGCUCUACUGCGUUUCAGAAAUGUUGUUGCCUUCAGCUGCAAAAAGACGUGUUUACAGCUCAUGUUAAAAAAAGCCAUCUUGCAGAGAGGACAGCCCUGAAAAUAUUCAGUGUCACAGGAAGUGACUCAACUGACAUUUUAUAGCUGCUUGCCUCCCAUAAACAGAGAAAGGCGAGUCAAAAGUGAAUUAAUGAGGUUAGGUUUUUCCAUUCACUAAUUCACAGAGCUGUCAUUUUCCUCUGACAUCAUGCUGAGGGUAAAAAGCUGAAAUGCUUUAAUAAUGUUUUACUGCUGUGUUUAACAUCUAUAAAUCCUCGAACCACAGAAAACUUUGCAAAUCAUGUCUCACCACUUCUUGAUUAUUCAGCAGCUGAAACGACAAUAAUUAUUCAAGAUCCAGAGGAUUAUUGAGCCAUAUGUUUGGAAAGAGGAAUGUAUUUGAAUAACUAACAUUACUGAUAGAAAGAAGGACAUGUUAAACUAAUUAAACUGCCUUUAUUUUGACUUUUGUGCCUUUAUUUUAGUUUGUAAUGCUAAAAAAGAGAGGUUAUAAUUUGGUGCUGGAGUAGUGCUGGUGGCUAUCAAAAGCAGACUUCCUCUAACAUUUUCCAGGUCAAAGAUUCCUGACGAGUGAUGUGUUCGGCUGGAUGAGAGUGUAACAGUUAAAGCCCGUUGGUAUAUUAAGUCUGCAAAUACAAUUUACAAAAUCGCUUCCUUUGAAACUAAAUCGUAGUAAACAAAUGCCACAAAAACAUUCUGUCCUCUGUAUGUAUCUGUGUCUGAUCACCUGAUUUGGGUCUGUAUGUGUCCUCAGGUAUGAGAAGGUUCCGGUAAUCCUGGUAGGGAACAAGGUGGACCUGGAGAGCGAGAGGGAGGUAUCGUCCAGCGAAGGCCAGGCCCUUGCAGAAGAGUGGGGCUGCCCGUUCAUGGAGACCUCAGCCAAGAGCAAAACCAUGGUAGACGAACUGUUCGCUGAGAUCGUUCGGCAGAUGGACUACGCCGCCCAGCCUGACAAGGACGACCCCUGCUGCUCCUCUUGCAAUAUACAAUAGCCCCGGGGGGCGUCCAGGAACAGGCCAGGGAAACACGUCUACCCAGAGGAAGCAGAUAGAGAAACACACUUAGACACACAUGCACAUGCCAAUUGAACAGGAGGUAAAUUUGUGGUUGAACGCAAUGGAUUUCAACUCUGUGGAGCAUAAAGUCAGCAGAGACUCGAUCAUUAAUAAUAACACGUGAGUCAUGAAUACAUUUGAAUGAGGAAUGCCAGGAAUUUGCUGCAAGAGAAUUUGACAAGCGACAAAAAAAUGACCGCCUUAUGUUGCUCUCUUUUGUUGUGUCUGGGUUUGUUCUAUCCUUUUUGUUCUAGGAGUGAAUCAUCAGCAAAGAAUCGCACAUCAGAAUCUGGAGGUUGCUCUACAAUCUGCUAUUAACAGGGGAAAAAAUGUUUGUCCGUUUUCUGUUGUAUUACCUUCUAAAUCAAAACACCAAGAUGCAUUUUUACGUUACCAUGACUUCAGUAGUGACUGUGCAUUAUCUAAUAAUAUAUUUCUGGAAUCCAGUUGUCCUAAAUACUACUAAGUAUUUGAUUUUGUGCAGUGAUUAGAGGGAGCUUUUUGUACUCAUCACAGGGCUGAACCAAAGAGGUGACCUGACAGCACCUCCAUUUUCUUAUAUUUGAAUUGUUUGAAAAAGGAAUAGAGAGAAAAUGGCGGAGAAGUCGGUGUCUUUCUUUAAACACUGGUGCAGUCAUCUCUUUCCUAUUUUCUCAGAAACAAUAGUAAACAUAGCAGUCUUUCACAUAUCAUGUGAUGUUUAGUUUCUUUUUCUCUCUGGGAUAUUCUUGUCAGCAGAUUGCCGAGUAAUAAUAUUGCAUCAUCAUAAAAAAGACAGAGUUCAUCUUUUAGUGUUUGAAUAUGUCUGCAGCGACUUUAUUUUCAAGAACAGGUGACAUUUGAAGUGAAGUUGCCAACAUUUGUUAGCCUCAACAUUUACUUUUUGUCCUCUGGCAUCAAUAUGACAUGGGGUGCUGAAGCAUCUAAACAUACUGAUCCUGUCCCUCGUGUGCUCAGAGUAUUCAAAUCCAUAGAUACAAACAGUGAAGACAAAGGCGACGAUAAUAAGAUAAUUAUUGGUAGUGUAAAUAUUUUGUAUUGAAAGUGCCAGCUCCUAUGAAGACACUGACUAAACACAUGUGGAAUUGUCAACUGUAUGCAUGGCUAGUAAACAAAAAAGGACUCUCAUUGUUUGAGUUUAAUAUAGGCUGUGGAAACGUGCAAACCAAACACAUACACGUCUGGACAUCUGGACACUGUCUCAACUGUGCAUCUAUGUUUUCACGGGAGCCAGACUUUACCCGUGUGACCAUUUUCAUUGUUGAUUUUAUAUUUUUUUAUGUGACCAUUUACUCUUUAUUCCCUCUCUGAAUGGUGACACUGUUACAUUUGACACCUAAACAAUAAAAGUGCGUUCAACACUCGACUGAGGCUACCAAGCUUGGGUGAUAUGGAGUGAAUGAUGCUCAGAGAAACAGCGUUGCUCGCUGAGAUUUUCAUUAGUUCCCUAUUUUCUUCAUAAUAUUAUUAGCAUUUAUUUUAUACUCCUUAUUUAAUGUAUGCCACUAUGUAAAGCAAUAAGCCUUUAUUAUCUUCUAUAGUAUCAUUAGUCAGACAGAGCUCCAUUUAUUAAUGUUACCUCCACAUAGUUUAUGGUUAGCUCAGCGCAGGGCUAUAAAACAAGCCCCCUUUCCUUACAGGGUUACCUAGCAACAACAGAUACUAGCUUAAUUUUUGGUCUCGCAGCUUUAGUGUGAUGUUAGUGCUGUAUCAAUUUGCAGGCAACACAGCACUUAAGAAGAUUAAUUUGCAAAUACAAUUACUGUCACCACAUGUUAGAUCAGUUGUCACCAUGUACACCAACUUAGUUAUAACUGAUAGCAAGUGCAGUAAGUAUCCAGGUCAUUUCUUACUCUCGUUGGAUGUUGUUCUUUGUUGACAUGUCCCCUCUUAUGAGCAGAACAAGAAGAAAUCACAUUUAGAUGCAAGGAAUAUUAUGCAGGAUCAUCAUACUGGUGGGUUUGUCUCUUACAAAAGAUUCACCUGUACUGUACUUGUUUGGGUCUUCGCUUUCUCACAUAUUCAGCUUGUCAAAACCUUCUUGCUAAAUGUUUUGUACCCUUCAGCAUCCACAGGUUUCAUCACCUAUGCUUUAAAAAAGGCUGAAGAGGGAUGCCUUGUGGUAAAAUGACAGUAUACAUAAAUUUCAAUAUUUUAUUUAGGUAGUUUAAAAAUAUAUAUUUCAUUAUUAAUUAAAAAAAAAAACUAAAAUAUGGGGCAGAGGUGAGGAUAUGAUACCAGCUUCAUUAAAGGGAUUUGACUCGACUACAGAUUUUCUGUCAAUUGAAACUUGAUAUUUUGACAAAAGUGUGUUUUCUUCAGCAUGUUUGUGCAAAGAAAGUAUUUCUAGCAAGCAAUACAAAUACUUCCACUUUUAUGGGACACUAAUUUUCAUGAAUUUUCAGACUCAAAACAAAUAAAUAAGAAUUAUAUUUUCAAUUGUAAAUUACCAUACACCGCUUCUGACUCGGCAGAGUUACACCCGUUUUCAGGGUCUUUAAGACUUAUUGAUAGUUGUAAAACUGAAGCUCCUUAGUUAAAUAAAAAUUAUGCAAAGCAGCGUUUAAUCCAGGAUCAUAGCUCUUUGAAAUAUUGUCAAAUAAAAACAGUUUGUACAAGAAAUGGGAAAACCUCAUAAGCUUUGAUGAAACAAGUUCAUAUAAAGUAUAUUUAUUCUUUCAAUGCAUAAAUUCCUUGUGCUAAACCUUCUAAAAAUGUUAACGCUUUAAUGCAGACUGCAGGAUUUCUAAACCCUGGAUAGUCUCCUCGGUAAUUUUAAGAUUGUUAUGAGUCACUGGUGCAGAGAGGAAGUGGUCUGUUGGGGGAAUCACCACUUAAUAGCUCUGGUAGGGUGUGUUAACACUUCCUCAAGGCGCUUGUCAACAUCCACCUUCAGCUGCAGAGUGAGCCUGUAUGUUUUCUGUUUUUUUUCCGCCUGAUUGUUGAGACAGGACAGAAGGAUGAAGCACCUGGAUGUAAGAGGUCUCAGAGGGGUUCAUUAGACCAGAAUCCCCCCUGGCAUCCCUCACACCUUAGCUGCAUCAUUUGUGUUUGUUGUAAUAAAUAACCAGUCAUUUGAACACGCUUGCUGACCGGUGAAAGAGGUUUAAUGAGAAUGGAUCUCUAAAAUUUACAGGAAUCAGCCUUUUUACGAUAGCUGGUGUGUUUAAAGUGUUCUGUCCAGCCCACUCCCCUUCUUUUUUCUGUGUAGAGGAAGGAAUGAAUUUCAAACAGCACUAGGUAGCAGAGUGAUAUGUCGAAUUCUCAGCAGGAAACAAGCUGGAAAGGAAAAAUAAAAUCAGCUUGAAAACAGCCCCCUGAGAUCCACAGCGGAGGUGUUUGAAUCAAAUUGGCGCUGACUCAUUGUAACCUGUUACCUGCAAAGACAUCACAGCUGUGACAGAGAGCACACAGUGUUUGUUCCAGCCGAGAUCCUCCAUAUCAAUAUGUCAAAAGUCAAGAUGAAAGAAAGAUCAGAGGGGGGGGCUGUAUGAGUCAUAUAAUCACCCCUGCUUCCACUGUGGCCCAGACUGCAGCACAGUCCCAGAGGUAUCUGUGUGGGAUAAAGCAGCUCUUGACAGAGAGGCCAUGUCUCUGCUGUGCGCCCUUUUACACCAGGAGAUACAAGUUCAGGCAGCCGAGCAGAGGAACACCCUGCCAGCACAGCAGUUUGGAGGAUGAAGGAGAUUCCAACACAGAGAGUGAACAAAAGAGCCUUUAAGUUGCUUUAAUGGUCUCAUUGAUUACAGGAGCUUUAAAGGUCUCAGUGUGGUCCAGACUGAGGAGGGUGUGUGUGCAAAUGAGGCUUUUGUACCUGUGAGGCGGGGAGAAAAUCAAUUGGGUGAGAUGUAAAGGAAGAAAUUACACAUUUUCCUUUUUUGACUAAAUCCCAGCAAAGCACAAAAGAACUUUAUUGUUUAAAGGAAUAGUAAAGUUUGUUUUUAAUGGGGUCGCUUGAGGUAGUUUUCAAUUGUAAGCAAUAUUCCAGCUUUAAGCUUGUGGAAGAAGCUUUUAACUCCUAUUAAAGUUGCUGAUGUACGUGCUGCAUGCUGAAAAAAUAUUGUUUUUCAUGUGGGAUUUUUCUGUUACUAUAACUGCAUAGCACUCCAGGAUUUCUCAAGCAUUCACAGUGUGUUUCCCUGACUGAACAUUGACUGAUGUAUUUGUUUCUUCUGCUGUUUGUUAGCUUGAAGUCACCGGCGCUGAAGAGAGCCGAGCUGUUACCAGCCCACACUCUCAGCGCCCCCCUGUGAUGUUUCAUGCCUUUUUACAUAGGAAACAAUGUGGAUGUGCAAGAGGGGGAAGAACAAACAAACAAGCCAAACCAGGCCUGUCAGGAGGCCUAAUAACUAGGUGUCAUGGCAACCAGAUGGCAACACAUGAGUUGCCAAUUUCACAGUCUAAUUUGCAGCUGUGACAGAGGAGAGCGAGUGUGUGGGGGGAUGAUCUGUGCAAACAACGAGGAGAGAUUCCUCCACUGGAUAUGUGGAUUUAUGUCACACCUUGUGUUGCAGAGUUACCAUCAUUAUCAAAGGGUGAGUACACUGAAUUAGAGACAGCACAUUUUCACAAACUGGUACCUCGCUACACAGAUGGGAACUACCUUUACAGUCUGUGCUUGAAAAAGUUUGGAUCACCUGUAAUGACAAAUACGUCAUGCUGGGAGAGACCUGUUGCUUCAAGUUAGGAUUUUUUAAGGUUGUAGCACCACUUACACACUUUAUUUUGCCCAUUGGAAAAUUAAAAGUAAUAAAUAACUAAAACUUUAGAGAGAAGGAAGGUGAAGUUUGUUACUCAGGGACCACAAAAUACAAAAUAUGAUCUCCAAAUUGGUUUCAUUUUCUGCUUGUUUUAAUUUUAUGUAAUUUCUUGCCCAUAUGUUCCAGUGACCAGUCUGUCUGCUAGGAUGAGUUAUAUCCUGAAAUUUGGAUGCACUGUGGUGUGCUUGAUCUUAUUUUUCAUGUUUAAAUGAACACUUGUGACAACAUUCAACAUAUUGGUUCAGUGAUUCUCUCGAGGAAGUAAAAAGCUGUGAUUCCCCCAAGUUUAAAUCUGCUCAGUUUUCCAUUUACUUUGAAAUUGUUUGACCAGGAAAUCAAACAAAAAAUUUCAAGUUUCUUUCUUUUUUUUUAUCUGAUUGGCAUAAUAAUUACAUCCUAAAAGCAACCCUUCAGGGAUGGUAGAGAGUGACUUACAUCUUUUGUCUCUGAUGGAUUUUUGUGUUUGGCAAAGCUUUUAAUUGCUCUCUCAGACAGAAAAAUCUAAAUCUAUACCAUCUGCAGCUCUUAUGUAAUAUAGUCAGUCAUCUGUUAACAAAAAUGAGAUACUAAUUACAUGGAUUUAUACAGCAGCUGAGGGAUUUAGUGUAUUUCUACAAGUGGAACAAGACAAAAUACUUCCAGACUGACUUUUAUUUUUGGAAAGCAAUGAGCGGCAGUGUUGCUCCACUAAUGACAUUCUGCUUAGACACAUGCAAUAAAACUAAAGUUACACAUGGAAUUUCAUAAGCAUACCAAAUAAAGGGGAUAUAUUUAAAGUAAAGUGAUUGUGGUCAGACAGAGAAUCUCCACCGUGUAUUUCCCUUAAGGAACUAUUUCUAGCCUGACUUUCUGAAGCGGAGAUGGUGCGGCACUAAAAUUAGUGUAAUCCUGCUGUCUUUUUUUUAACCUUCAUUAUAAAAGCAGGAUGGGGCAUGUGAUGAGGCUCCCCCCUGCUGGUUUCCUUUUCUUGUGGAGGCUGAGGCCUCAGCAGGAGCUUGGCGAUGCUUAUGAUUGAGGGGAGGAGGCUUCAUUCCUGGGCUUUGGAUGGUUGCCCUCUGAACAAAACACAUUCCCUCCCUCUGUUUGAUCAGCUGGAAUAAAUCCCCACUCCCUCCAACAUACCUGGAGAUAUGAGCCGCUGUAUUUCCAAACACUGAAAGAUGAGGGGAGGUAAGAUGUCUCUAGACAGGCAUUAUUAGUGCUCCUGUUGAUUAUCAUGAAGACUUCAGAUCUUCUUAGACAUCUGUAAGCUGUUACUUGCCUUUCACAUAAAUGUAAACUAAUGUCACUUAUUAUUAAAGCUCCUGUGAGGAACUUUUGUUUGCGUCAGUUCUGGCGCCCCCUGUGGCCAAAGCAGUCCACAGCUGUUUGAGACAUUAAAAAUAAGGAUAUCAAGUUCUUCAAUUUUGUCAAAGGUGGUGUUGUUUGUUUUUGGAUAUCAUGAAAAGACACAAAUAUGAAUUUUAGCCUAUUUCACAAACGUGAAAAAAAAAACUCCUCACAGGAGCUUUAAUUUAAAUAGUUGUUUCAUAAUGUAGCCUAACAGUCAUAAUGAUGGUUCACAGUCAUCACUAUAAAGUAGUAUUAACAUUAUAGACCUUAAAACCUAUGACAGCACUGAUCAUGUCUGUGACUUUUCUCGCUAAAUGGAUCCCCAAAUCUGUCAGGAUUAAGUAUAAA